GGAUGGAGGGAGGGAGCGCAUGGUAGCAGUUACCCAUAGAUAAUUACCGAGGUGAAAGCCAAAGAAACAGUAAAAAUGCGCCGGAGGUGCGUAAAAAACCCGAAUUGUUAGGAAGAGUAGAUGAGCCCUUUAAAAGAGCAAUGGCUUUGGGUCAAACCCUUACUCUCUCAAAACGCAGUAGCAGAAAUAGAAGAAAACGAAGAGAAGAGGCGGGAGAGGAGGAGAAGAAGAAGAAGAAGAAGAGGAAGGAAGAAAGAAAGGAGAUCUGACCUCAAUCUCGUUUUCUCUCUCUCUAAAAAACCCUAAUUAGGGUUAGGGUUUUUUUUUUUUAAAAAAAAAAUUAUUAUUUAAAAAAUUCUCUUAGGUGGGGAAUGGAAGGAGGCGGCAGUUCGGGCGGGGGAGGGACUGGGACUGGUGGUGGUGGGACUGACGUCGAGCUCCUCUGCAAGACGCUUCAGGUGGAGCACAAGCUCUUCUACUUCGAUCUCAAGGAGAAUCCACGUGGCAGGUAUUUGAAGAUCUCGGAGAAGACGUCAGCCACCCGGUCCACCAUCAUUGUCCCCGUCUCCGGCAUUGUCUGGUUCUUGGAUCUCUUCAAUUACUACGUCAACAACGACGAGCAGGAGGUCUUCAGCAAGGAGUUGCAGCUUGAUACCAAGGUGUUCUACUUUGACAUUGGAGAGAAUAAAAGGGGGCGGUUUUUGAAGAUUUCAGAGGCAUCUGUCAGCAGAAAUCGGAGUACAAUUAUUGUUCCCGCAGGUAGUGCCCGUGAUGAAGGGUGGGCAGCAUUCAGGAACAUUCUGGCGGAGAUCAAUGAAGCCUCACGACUUUUUGCACUCAACAAUCAGCAAAAUUCCGAACCUUCUGAACGACUUGCAGGGCUUUCAGACGAUGUGGGUGCUGGAUUCAUAUCAGGUCACAUUGCUCAACCUGCUUCAACAUCCGACUUGAGUGUUGACAGGACGGUCGAAUUGCCCCCUCAGGAUGAAAUUGGAAACUUGGGAGUUUCGAAAGUGAUCAGAGCAGAUCAAAAGAGGUUCUUCUUUGAUCUGGGGAGCAACAACAGGGGCCAUUUCUUGAGGAUUUCUGAAGUGGCUGGGUCAGAUCGCUCUUCCAUCAUUCUGCCCUUGUCUGGGCUGAAGCAGUUCCAUGAAAUGGUGGGCCAUUUUGUGGAGAUCACAAAAGAUCGAAUCGAAGGAAUGACCGGUGCAAAUGUCCGGACGGUGGAGUCACAGAGAUGAAAAUGGCAGGUUGGGUUUGGCGAGUUGUGAGUUCUCUUUACAUUUGCUAGAGCUGUAGGUAUCCGUUUGAUUAGGGUGCGAUUGUGCAGAGCAUGCUAUCUUCUUCUUUCUUUCCUUUUUUUUUUUUUUUGUCCAUUAGAAAUAAUGUCGGAGGAAUUAGAGUUGUCUGCCAAGAUUUCUUCCAAGGAAUAAGAACAGACCUGAAAUUAUGUAAUUCUUGCAUUUUGUUGGUAUAAAAAACUCGCACCCAAAUUGCCUGUGAA